AUGCCGGUCAUCAAUGAGCACAACGAGAGGAUGAAGAAAUUCAAGAACAAGGGCAAGGAUGCAGCCGCCCUGCGGAGACAGAGGAUGGAGACGAGCAUUGUGCUGCGCAAGGCCAAGAAGGAUGAGCAGAUCCUGAAGCGCAGGAGUAUUUCGUUCGGUUUGACGGAUGACGUGCUUUCUCCAGGAGAAGAAAAAAGAGAUGAGAUUAUUCAGCUGUCCUUGGAGGAAAUCGUUGAAGCUGUGAAUGGGAGCGAUGGUGAGCUGCAGCUGCAGGCAACGCAGGCCACCAGGAAAAUGUUGUCCAGGCAGACUAACCCUCCUAUCAAUCAGAUCAUCGAGCUGGGGAUCAUCCCCAGGCUGGUUGAAUUCCUGACCUACGCUGACAAUGCUCCUCUGCAGUUCGAAGCAGCCUGGGCACUGACUAACAUCGCCUCUGGCACCUCCGAGAACACCAGGGCGGUGGUGGAGGCAGGUGCCAUCCCAGUCUUCAUCUCGCUCCUGUCCUCCCCGCACAUGUACAUCAGCGAGCAGGCCGUGUGGGCACUGGGCAACAUCGCAGGUGAUGGUCCUCUGUACAGAGAUGCUCUUAUCAAAUGCAAUGUGAUUCCUCCCUUGCUGGCUCUGGUGUCACCUACAACUCCAAUUGGGUUCCUGAGGAACAUUGCAUGGACCUUAUCAAACCUCUGUAGGAGCAAGAACCCCUACCCUCCCCUGGACGCGGUGAAAAAGAUACUGCCAGUCCUCAUCUGCCUCCUGCAACAUGAGGACAAGGACAUAAUUUCUGACUCCUGCUGGGCUGUUUCCUAUCUGACCGAUGGCUCCAACGAUCGCAUCCAAAUUGUGGUGGAUACAGGGAUUCUUCCAAGGCUGGUGGAACUCUUGGCCAGCCUGGAGUUGAUUGUUAUGGCUCCAGCUCUCCGUGCCAUUGGGAAUGUAGUCACAGGGACUGAUGAGCAGACCCAGGCAGCUAUUGACGCCGGCAUUUUGGCUGUCCUGCCCCAUCUCCUGCGCCAUGCAAAGCCAACUAUACAGAAAGAAGCUGCAUGGGCGCUCAGUAACAUUGCAGCAGGGCCUUGCCAGCAGAUCCAGCAACUCAUCACCUGUGGGUUACUGCCACCUUUGGUGGAGCUGCUUGAUAAGGGGGACUUCAAAGCUCAGAAGGAGGCUGUGUGGGCAGUGGCCAACUUCAUGACAGGAAGCACUGUGGAGCAGGUGGUGGAGCUGGUCCACUCCGGGGUCCUCAAACCUCUGCUCAACCUACUCUCAAUCAAAGACAGCAAAACUAUCCUGGUCAUCCUGGAUACCAUUUCAAAUCUCUUCCUGGCAGCUGAGAAGCUGGGAGAGGUAGACAGGUUGUGUCUGCUGGUGGAAGAGCUUGAUGGUCUGGAGAAAAUUGAAGCCCUGCAAACCCAUGAAAACAAUAUGGUCUACCGAGCUGCACUGAAUAUCAUGGAGAAAUACUUUUCUGGUGAGGAAAACUCAGAUCUGCAGCCUGGGACUGACCAAGAUGGGCUAUAUGAUUUUUCAGUGAAGAAGCAAGACUUCAACUUCUGA